AUGUCACAGCCGAACAGAUUGCCAGGCUCAAAUCAGAAUCACAACCCUCAUCAGCCGCGCAUAUCUCAAGACCAGCAUACCUCCUCUGAUUCGACGUCACAGAUUCUUCCGCGGCCGCCACAACCUUCGAGAAGCCAUUCCCUGCGUGCUCCCCCAGGACAAACACCGCACUCACCCUCGCGAACACUAUCGGAUUCAGGAAGGAGGUCAUCACAACAUCAACAUGUCCGGUUUUCGACAGAUUUGGAGCUCCCAGCAUUGGAAAAUAGACAAGCUUCGAGGGAGCAGGACCGACGACCGUCGUCUAGAGGACUCUCUAUCAACACAGGCGUAGCGAAUACACAAGGCCCGUCCAUUACAUCUCCUGAUGUCAAUGCCAGCGGUGCCCCGAGUUCGACCCUUUCGCCGCGCUCGGCGCUAUCCCCUACAUCCCCACAGAGCCCAGAUGGCGUUGGCCGCUCUCGAUCACGAAACCGUGGAUACUCGCUACGUCGGACGAUUUUUGCGAAAAAUAUCGAAUCGCAGUCAGCUCCUUCGUCACCAGUUGAGCUAGGACAUAUUGUGAAGACGGAGCCGGAGAUUGUGGAGCAUGAAGUUCCUGCGGCUGCCGCCGCGGCGCCUGGUGCGUCGGGAUCGGAAUCGAGCGAGAAUGAGAAGCUGGAAGUCCAUGUCGCGCAAAAAUCUACCUCGGCCUCAACUUCCACGGAGCAUGACCUCACCGUAUAUUCUUCUGACCAGACAGAUCUGAAGGAGGGACGGAGUCUGUCCACGAGUUUAUCUUUCGAUCGAUGGCACCACAAAAAGGCGGCCAUUACCACACUCCAACUUCGCGUUGAGGAUUUUCUCGAAACGCUUCGCAAGGUUAUCCUCCGGAUCAAGACCAUUCCACCGAGCAAAGAUGGUCGCCACAUCGACCUUGAACCAACGCGAACGGAAGAUCUGGUUGAUGAGCGGACAGGGAAGCCAUAUGUCGAAAACUGGAUUCGAUCCAGCCGCUACAGUCUAUGGAGCUUCUUCCCCCGGCAGUUCUUUGCGCAGUUCACCAAGCUCGCCAACUUUUACUUCUUAGUGGUUGCAAUUCUGCAAAUGAUCCCUGGAUUGAGUACGACAGGUAAAUUCACCACCAUCAUACCCCUUCUAAUCUUCGUCGGUAUCUCGAUGGGCAAAGAAGGCUUCGAUGACUGGCGCCGCUACCGACUGGACAAGGAAGAAAACAACCGCUUCGCCUACGUUCUUCGACCUGGCGCAAACGUGCUCUCCCGCUCUGUUACUGGCGAUAGCGCAUCGAUCUCGAGCGAGACACAGGACUGGGAUCGAAUCAAAUGGAGCGAAAUCAAAGUUGGCGAUGUGAUCCGGCUGGAACGCGAUCAACCUGUACCCGCUGACAUGGUCUUACUCCAUGCGGACGGGCCUAACUGUACGGCCUACGUGGAGACCAUGGCAUUGGACGGGGAAACGAAUCUUAAAACCAAGCAACCGUGUCAGUCUGUGGCCAAAGUGUGCGGUACUGUGGAAGGUCUCUGCAGCAGCUCCAUACACUUCGCUGUGGAAGAUCCCAAUCUCGAUCUGUACAAAUUCGAUGGAAAUGUCUCAGUGGCUGCUGGAGAAAAGACACCACUGACCAACAAUGAAGUUUUCUACCGUGGCAGUGUCCUUCGAAACACUCAAAGAGCAGUGGGAAUAGUUAUUUACACUGGCGAAGAAUGCAAGAUUCGCAUGAAUGCAAACAAGAACCCCCGCAUUAAGAUGCCCUCCCUUCAGGCCAAAGUCAACCGGGUCGUCAUGCUCAUUGUGGUUUUGGUCGUGGUGCUGGCUGGAGCUUGUACCAUUGCGUACAAAUAUUGGUCUCAUGACGUGGAAAGCCAGGCUUGGUACCUAGAAGAUGCCAACGUGAGCUAUGGUCCAGUUUUUACCUCGUUCUUGAUCAUGUUCAACACGAUGAUUCCUAUCUCACUCUACGUGAGUAUGGAAAUCGUCAAAGUCGCACAGAUGCUCAUGCUUAAUGCCGACGUUGACAUGUACGAUCCUGAGUCUGAUACGCCGCUUGAAGCCCGAACCUCGACCAUCAAUGAGGAACUUGGCCAAGUUAGCUAUAUUUUCUCGGACAAAACUGGGACUUUGACGAAUAAUACCAUGCGUUUCCGGAAGAUGAGCGUGGCUGGUACCGCGUGGUUUCACGACUUUGAUCUAGUCGACGAGGCUGCUCAAGAAGGUGAACGGGAGAAGCUGGUUCAUAAGAAACGCAGCGUUAAAGGCAAGAAGGCCGUGUCCCGUCAGUCGAAUGUGUCCGAAUUCCGGCGGUCUUUGGCUAUAACCAGACCGUCCAUGUCAACCUAUGACGGAGCUCGCAAGGAGGGGCUAUCUGUGCCGAACACUCGCACAACUGAUAUGCUCAAGUACAUUCAACGCAAGCCGUACACAGUAUUUGCGAGGAAAGCAAAAAUGUUUAUCCUCGCGAUGGCUCUUUGCCAUACCUGUCUGCCAGAAGAAGAUGAAUUUGGCAACACGACCUUUCAAGCUGCUUCGCCGGACGAGCUCGCGCUGGUCACGGCUGCUCAGGAGCUAGGAUACAUCGUCCAUGACCGGCAGCCGAAUACAUUGACUGUCCGAACAUAUCCCAACGGACAGAAUCAAUCGCCUGUUGAUGAAGUGUAUGAGAUCUUGGAUGUGAUUGAUUUCUCCAGCGCCAGGAAACGCAUGUCAGUUGUGGUGCGGAUGCCAGACCGACGGAUUUGCCUGUUCUGCAAAGGCGCUGACAGCGUCUUGAUGAAACUCUUGAAGCGAGCUGCGCUUGCUCAGGAGAAAGUUGUCGAGAUUGAGCGCCGAGCGAGCAAGCGCAAGGCUGCGGAGGCGAGCGAGGUCAUUAGGCGAAACAGCGAACAUCACUCUCGCAAGGACAGCGGCGUCCGGAACAGUUUUAGCCGUCCGAGCAUGUCGCGGCGUCGCUCUAGUGUUUCUGGAAGGCACGUGUCUACGCUAAGAGAUAGCAUCGAUGUUUGGCUUCGUGACCGUGAAACCGACGGUGGACUCCUCAACAGGAACAGCGACGUGGAGUAUUACAGCCCGAGACCUUCGGCGCAAAUUGGACGACAGUCCAACACGUUCUCUGACUCAGGAAGUUCCAUCCAUGACGACGAGGAAGAUUUGGUUGAGGAGGCGCUUGUAGUUGACGAAGCUGCUGUGUUUGAACGUUGCUUCCAGCACUUGAACGACUUUGCUACUGAGGGGCUGCGAACGCUCCUAUAUGCCCACCGAUUUUUGGAUGAGGCUACGUAUACAGAGUGGCGGCGCGCCUACCAGGAAGCUUCGACCAGCCUUGUCGAUCGGCAAGAACGGAUCGAAAAGGUCGGUCAGCAGAUCGAAGAGCAGCUCGAGUUGACUGGUGCCACGGCGAUUGAGGAUAAGCUUCAGAAGGGAGUACCCGAGGCAAUUGACAAGCUGCGUCGCGCGAAUAUCAAGUUGUGGAUGCUUACUGGUGACAAGCGAGAGACUGCAAUCAAUGUUGGCCACUCAUGCCGCCUGGUCAAGGACUACUCUACUCUUGUGAUCCUUGACCAAGAAAUGGGCAACGUGGAGGAGUUGAUUGCGAACCUGACGAAGGAUAUAUUGAGCAAGACUGUGGCCCACUCUGUAGUUGUGGUUGAUGGGCAGACGCUUUCCAUGAUAGAAGCAAAUGACAUCCUUCGCGCGGCCUUCUUCAAGCUUGCCAUUCUUGUCGAGUCGGUUAUUUGCUGCCGUGCCAGUCCGAAGCAGAAAGCUUUCCUGGUAAAGUCGAUUCGUCGGCAGGUGCAGGACUCGGUCACUCUAGCGAUUGGCGACGGUGCUAAUGAUAUUGCCAUGAUUCAAGAGGCCCAUGUUGGCAUUGGUAUUACAGGUAAAGAGGGACUUCAGGCUGCGCGUAUCUCGGACUACUCGAUCGCUCAGUUCAGGUUCUUGUUGAAGUUGCUUCUGGUCCACGGGCGGUGGAACUAUAUGCGAGCGUGCAAAUACACACUGGGAACGUUCUGGAAGGAAAUGCUCUUCUACCUGACCCAGGCCCUGUACCAGCGAUGGAACGGAUACACCGGUACAAGUUUGUACGAACCAUGGAGUCUUAGCAUGUUUAACACCCUCUUUACCUCUCUCGCUGUCAUCUUUCUUGGCAUAUUCACCAAAGAUCUCUCCGCAUCGACCCUUCUCGCCGUCCCAGAGCUCUACACUAAAGGCCAGCGCAGCGAGGGCUUCAACAUCCGUCUCUACCUCGGCUGGACAUUCAUGGCUACCUGCGAGGCAAUGCUUGUCUACUUUGUGAUGUACGGUCUCUUCGGGAACAUCCUCUUUACCACAGGCAACAUCAACGAUAUUUUCUCCGCCGGUCUUCUCACCUUCUCCGCCUGCGUUAUCAUCAUCAACACGAAAUUGCAGGCCAUUGAAGUUCAUAACAAAACCUACCUCUCCCUCGCCGUCUUCAUCAUCUCUGUCGGCGGCUGGUUCCUCUGGAACAUCAUUCUUGACAGGCAGUACGACUUCAAAUCCGGCGAUGGUAUUUACCACGUCCCCGACAACUUCCUCCUCCAUUCUGGUCAUGAUCUUGCUUUCUGGGUCGUGCUCCUCAUAAUUGUCACUGCGGUUAUUGUCUUCGAAAUCAGUGUCGCCUCGCUCCGCGCGAACCUCUUCCCAACCGACGUUGACGUUUUCCAAGAAUACGAGAAAGACCUCGACAUCCGAAAACGAUUCGAAGAAGCCGCCGCCUCAGAACUCCAGCAGGGCUGGGACCACGGCAAGAAGAAAUCCAGUUUCGAGCUCGCCCGAGAGGAAGCCGAGAUGGAGGCGCGCGAGAGACACGUUGCCGAACUGCUUGCAAGACCCAGGGUCAUGAGUGAUGCGAAUAAGAAUGAUUCUUCGCGUGGCGUCGGCGUCUAUGUUGAGUCCGCCUCGGAAUCUGCGUCUGCUUCUGCUUCUGCUUCUGCUUCCGCGUUGGGAGAGCCGAACACUCAGAAUGCCGGGUCUUCGGCGCCGAGACGAUCAAUGGAGAUCCAUGAAUUGUUCUCCAAGGGCUUCGGAGCGAUGAAGAAAGGACACUUGAAGUGA